CAAAUGCUGGAGGAAGGAGUGCUGUCUUCUCCUGACCCUACCCUUCCCCAAGAGGAAAGCACAGGAGAGGAAGGAAUGGCUGCUGAUCUCCUCACAGCUGGGCCCCAGAAAACCUGGAAACUAUAGAAAACACAAAGAGAUAACAUUUAACAUUUUGAUUGGUAUCCUUUUACUUAUAUUCUUUCUUCUCCCCAGAUGAAUUUGUCCUGCUUUAUAACUUCCUUUUUAUUUCCACUUAGAAGAAUUAGAUGAACAUGUCCCCAUUUCAUUAAGAAUAGCCUACAAAAUCCUCUCCAGUGGCUGCAUUCUGUUCGACUGCACAGUCCCUCUGUGAGGGCAGAACUGUCUUCUCCCCUGUUUUAUUGACUGGACUAGGUUGUAGUCUAUUUUCAUUUUUUAAGAGUCUACUCUUAGAUUUUCUCAUCAAUACUACUCUUAUUAAUACAUUUUAUUAGUUUUUUGCUUCAGCUUUCCUCAGAUUUAUCUUAAAAUUUAGUGUUUAAUCUUUUGAGUGGACUCUUCAACUCAUUUAUUUACAUCCUUUCUUGUUUAUAUUGAAAGUGUUUAGUUGUGGAUUUUAUUUUUUUAUAUAGACCAAAAUUAUGAUUUUGAUUUCCUUGCCCAUUUGGUUGGUCUGUGCUCCAUGAGGACAAAGUCCAUAUCUCUUAUCAACACAGAAUACCCAGGUAUAGUCCGAUUGCGGGGCAUAGGGCUUGGUAGCUCUGUGAGCUCAACCUUCUUAGGUAAGUUACUCAGCUCUUCCAUAUUUUUAUCUAUUUGUUUAUUUUCUGACUAGUUGAUCUCUUGUUCAUUGAAUUACUCAGGCAUCUCUGACAGCAGUAACUUUUUCCUCAUAUUUCUUACAGUUAUUUAUUGUUUAUGACAUAUCUUUAUAUGGAUUUUACUCUCUUGGUUAUUAUAAAGUAACCCUAUUGUUUUAAAUGUUUCAUAGUUUCUUUUAAAAAGACCCUCUUUUUCCCAAGUAUUUCUUAGUGUGAAAGGUUGAUUGGAAAGGCAAGGUAGAAUUAGAGUCAGGGAUUCAUUACAAUUUGGGGAAAUACAGCUGGCUUAAAACGAGGCAGAAGUGGGGGUGAUGGAGAAAGUUGGUUGAAUUCUAGUGAUAGUACGGAGGAAGAAUCAGUAGGCAAUUGAUCUGGGGAAGCUUAGGGAAGGGGAGGAUAACACCCAAAUUUCUGGCUUGGCCAACUAGGUGAAUGGAGGUACAACUUCCUGAGCUAGAACUAGACAAGGGAAAGCAGGUCUGCAGGAGAAGAUGGGUUUCCCUAUUGCUUUUGUUGAAUUUGAGGUUCCUGUGAGACCUGGCCAGGAGAUAAUUACUGCCUUAUGCUAAUGAGUUAAUAACUAAUCUUGUUGUCUUAGAUAUCUAGUGCUGCUAUAACGGAUACUACAAGUGGAUGGCUUUAACAAAGAGAAAUUUAUUUUCUCACAGUCUAGUAGGUUACAAGUCCAAAUUCAGGAUGUCAGCUCCAGGGGAAGGGCUGUGUUACAAUCCCACCCUAAUCCUCUCAACGUAAAAUUACAAUCACAAAAUGGAGGACAACCGUAUAAUACUGGGACUCAUGGCCUAACCAAGUUGAUAACACACAUUUUUGGGGGGAUAUAAUUCAAUCCAUGUUACUUGUGAUGAGUCUCUCUCCUUUCCACCUGCCUGUUUCCACUCCAGGUACCUAGCGCAGGGACAUUGAAUGGAGUAUGUGCUCAUCUGUUGUAUGAACAGCUUCUGCUGACACCUAUGAGCUUUAUGGUUCCUGCUGUCUCCUGAACUCCAGACCCAUGUUUUCAGAUGUUACAGAAUACCUGCAGCAACCUGGAACUCAGUGGGCCCAAAAACAAACUGAUUACUUUGCGAACAGGUCUCCUUUUCCCAUGUUUCUUCUCUUAGUUGUUGACAUCGCUGUAUACCUGAUUUUCCAAGCAAGAAACAUCUUUGAUUCAUUCUCAGGUUUCUUGAAAAAUCCAUUGCCAACCAUGCAUCUACACCCCGUUGGAACAGGUCUUCUCUCAACUCGACACUGACUGUUAAAGAUCUUAACUUCCUCUCCCCACAUCCGUUUCAAGGCCCAUCUUUUAAGGCCUCCCUGUUGUCCGUGGGAUAAAAGCACCAUGUUUAUCAAGUCAUUUGAGUCUUUUUACAUUCUGACUUCAACCAACCUUUCUAGGCCCUUCAGUCCCUCAUCCCUUCAUUCUCACUGCCUAGACCACCUGCCAUUUGCUGAAUACACAAGGGCUUUCUUCCUUCAGUGCUUUUGCUUAUGGUGCCUCCCCCACCUUGGAUAGCCUUCACUUGGCCCGUGUCUGAGUCACCUACUGCUGCUAUAACAGAAAUACCACAAGUGGAUGGCUUUAACAAAGAGAAAUUUGUUUUCUCAUAGUCUAGUAGGCUAGAUGUCCAGAUUCAGGGCAUCAGCUCUAGGGAAAGGCUUUCUGUCUCUGUCGGCUCUGGAGAAAUGUCCUUGUUAUCAGUCUUCCUGUGGACUAGGAGAUUCUCUGUACAGGAACCCCAGGUCCAAAGGUAGCACUCUGCUCCCAGCACUGCUUUCUUGGUGGUAUGAGGUCCCCACUUUCUGCUUGCUUCCCCUUCCCUUUUAUCUCUUGUGAGAUAAAAGGUGGUACAGAUCACACUCCAGGGAAACUUCCUUUACAUUGGAUCAGAGCUGUGACCUUAGUAAGGGUGUUACAGUCCCACCCUAAUCCUCUUUAACAUAAACUUACAAUCACAAAAUAGAGGACAACCACACAAUACUGGGAAUCAUGGCCUAACCAAGUUGACACAUUUUUGGGGACACAAUUCAAUCUGUGACAGUCCAUCAGGGCAACCUUCUUCAGGGUCAGUUCAGCGAUUGCCGUCUCUCCCUGCUCUUUCCUAAUUGUCCACCCUCCUCUCCCUCUUCCAGGAUUCCUCUUCUGUUUGACACAUAUGAUUCCAGGCGUUGCUUACAUCCCUGGCUCUCUUGCUGUACAGUGUGAUAUCCGAGUUCACAGGAAUCUUUGUUAAAUGUUCUGAAAAUUCACUUUUCACAUUUUUUUUUUUUUGCUAAUUUGUACUCACACAUUCUAAUUUUUCUCCCUCUGUUGGCUCUUGGAAGGAGCCCUGGUGGUGCAGUGGUUAAAGCACUCAGCUGCUAACUGAAAGGUCAGCGGUUCAAACCCACCAGCGGCUCCACAGGAGAAAGAUGUGGCAAUCUGCUCUUGUAAAGAUUACAGCCUUGGAAACCCUACGGGGGAGUUCUGGUGUCCUAUAGAGUUGCUAUGAGUCAGAAUUGACUCGACAGCAACAGGUUUGGUUUUUCUUUUUUUAAUGGGCUUUUUAAUUGUGAAGUACCUGUUCGUUUCUGCUCAAUUAUUUCUCAUAUAUAUUUUCUAUCUAUCUAUAUAUGAAGUCUAUCAAAAUUAUAAAUGUGUAAAGACAAGAGACUACGUUUUAUUUACUUUUUUGCAUCACAGUCCAGUAGAGUCUAGGCACUUAGAAAGUGAUCAACAAAUGCUUUUCUUGAACUACCCAGAGCCUUGAAUCCUUUCAAAGACCCUUUCUAAGCCUGCCAUCCAUCUCCCCUAGAGUUGCCAACCUCCCUAUCCCCCUUGCCUCCAUCCCAGAUCCUGAGGCCUGGGUGAGCUGGGGUAUGCUUGUUGUUUCAGGGCUCCAUAUUCUUCAGCAGUGUGACUGUAGCUUUUACCCAAGAGGGCUGGAGACACCCAGUCCCUGCUCCGAGGGACAGGUACAAGGAGAGGAUACCAGAAAAGUCCAGGAACCUGGUCCUACUUGGACUUCCAGUCUCCCAGCCUGGCUUGAACUCCCAAUUGGAACAGAGAGAAGAACCAUGGAUGCUGGAAGAAGGCCUAAGAAGUACCUGUCCAGACUGGAAGAUAAUAUGCAAGGAGUCACCACCAGAGCAAGACAUUUCUGAAGAAUCAUUCCAAGACCUAAGUGUAGAAAUCCCCCCUGGGAAGUCAGACCAUAGGAACAGUGAAUUUGGGAAGAGCUUCAACCUGAGAGCCGUCUUUUCUCCACAACAGAGAGUUCCUACAGAAGUGAGGCCCCAUAAAUGUGAAAUACAUCCAGAGAGCUUCAAGAAUUCAGAUAUAAUUAAACCUCACAGAGCAAAACCAUACACAUGUAAUGAGUGUGGCAAAGCCUUUAGUUACUGUUCAUCCCUUUCUCAACAUCAGAAAAGUCACACUGGGGAAAAGCCCUAUGAGUGCAAUGAAUGUGGGAAGGCCUUCAGCCAGAGCUCAUCUCUUAUUCAGCAUCAGAGGAUUCACACUGGAGAGAAACCUUAUAAGUGCAGCGAAUGUGGGAGAGCUUUCAGCCAGAAUGCAAACCUCACAAAACACCAGCGAACUCACACUGGAGAAAAGCCCUAUAAAUGCAGUGAGUGUGAGAAAGCCUUCAGUGACUGUUCAGCCCUUGUUCAACAUCAGAGAAUUCACACUGGAGAAAAACCAUAUGAAUGCAGUGACUGUGGGAAGGCCUUCCGUCAUAGUGCAAAUCUCACAAACCACCAAAGGACUCACACUGGGGAAAAGCCCUACAAAUGCAGUGAGUGUGGGAAGGCCUUCAGUUACUGUGCAGCAUUUAUUCAGCACCAGAGAAUUCAUACAGGAGAGAAACCCUACAAGUGUAAUGCAUGUGAGAAGGCCUUCAGCCAGAGUGCAAACCUCACAAACCAUCAGAGGACUCACACUGGAGAGAAACCCUACAAAUGCAGUGAGUGUGGGAAGGCCUUCAGCCAAAGUACAAAUCUUAUAAUCCACCAAAAAACCCACACUGGAGAAAAGCCAUGUAAGUGUAAUGAAUGCGGAAAAUUCUUCAGUGAGAGCUCAGCCCUUAUCCGACAUCAUAUAAUUCAUACUGGAGAAAAACCUUAUGAAUGUAACAAGUGUGGAAAAGCAUUUAACCAGAGUUCAUCCCUUAGUCAGCAUCAAAGAAUUCACACUGGUGUGAAACCCUACAAAUGUAGUGAGUGUGGGAAGGCCUUCAGGUGUAGUUCAGCUUUCAUCAGACAUCAGAGACUCCAUACCGCAGAGUAACUGGGAACGUGAGAAAGUGGAGAAAACCUAUCAACUCAUCAAAGAUGAGUGGGGACCUCACAGAUAAAUGCAGAUGGUUUGAAAACAUCUGGGACAUCUGACGUCCAUAGGCCAGAGCCACAUGCAAAAUUGCCUUUAAUAAAUGUAUCAUUUUACAUGGCA